AUGGCUGUGACUCGCCUGGCGAGACUUGGAGUUUUGAGAGCGGAUUCUGCGCGAUGUUUGUGUGGUCAGGCUUCAAGACAUUUAAUUACAAACAGCACGUCAUCCUUUUCAUCUUCAGCUAAUGGAAAUGGUUCCAUUCAGUCUGAGAAGAAAGAAGUGAAUGGUGUUCAGCUGCACUAUGAGAAGACUGGCAGUGGGGAUCAUGCUGUCUUUUUGCUUCCAGGAGCUUUAGGCUGUUCAAGGACAGAUUUUGGUCCUCAACUUGAGAAGCUGAACAAGGAGAAGUUCACCGUUUUCUGCUGGGACCCUCGAGGAUAUGGAAAAAGUCGCCCACCCGACCGAGACUGGCCCCUGGACUUCUACGGUAGAGAUGCUGAGGAUGCCACAGCCCUAAUUAAGGCUCUCGGUUUGUCUCAAGUGUCCCUCCUGGGAUGGAGUGAUGGAGGAAACACUGCCUUAAUCAUGGCUGGCAGAUACCCUGAACUCUGCAGGAAACUUGUUGUGUGGGGAUCAAACACUUAUGUUUGUGAUAAAGAUAUUGAAUUCACUGAAGCGAUAAGAGACAUUAACAAGUGGAGUGAUGGAAUGAAAAAACCAUUCAUAGAUGUAUAUGGAGAGGCGUAUUUCUGUGAACAGUGGGGAAGAUGGGUGGAUGCCUUUCACAGAAUAAAACACAAGAAUAAUGGUAAUGUUUGUAGAGAUCAGUUACCUAAGAUUGUCUGUCCCACCCUGAUUAUCCAUGGUCAGCUGGACCCAAUUGUGGUACAGGAACAUCCAGAUUACAUCCACGCUAACAUCAGGCACUCCAGAUUGGUGAACUGGCCUAAAGCUAAGCAUAAUCUGCACCUGAGGUACGCUGACGACUUUAACAAAACAGUUGAGGAUUUUCUGUUGGAUCCCUAAGUAGUCCUUCAACAUUGCCAUUCUAUACAUUAAACUAAUGCGCUGUAUUUUCAGUUCUGGUAGAUAUACUCAGGUGUUCAACACUUACACAACCUACACAAUCUAUUCUCAGACAUGGUGGUCUCUUGGCCUGGUCUCUCUUAUUUAAACUUGCGGUAUUCUUUACUUCCUCUUCUUUAACAUACUGUAUCUCACGUAAAGUUUGGUAUGUAAGAAUGCAUAAAAAAAUUGAGAGACUCAUAAAAACCAUAAAAUGAUACUUUUGAUGCCAUGACGUAGGUUUUUCUGAUAGAAAACUGAUCAAAUUUCACAAGAAUAUCAUAGGUUGCCUUGUAAAGCAGAUGAAUUGAUUUUUUAGAAUCACACAAAAUGUGUCACAUUAAAAAUGCUAAACUUGGAUGAAAUACGAAGUUUUCAAGAGAUCAAAUGUAGCAUAUCUGUGGCACUAUAUAAGUACAUGUAGCGGUUAAAUCAGCCCUUUGCCUUGGUUCCUCACAUGAAAUACUUGCUCACGUGCAGAUUGUGGACAAGGAUGUGAUGCUGAAGCAUAUAUAUGCAUACGUAUCACAGUGUAUCAGUUUUCAUUUCCUGGUAGUUUGAAAGUAUUUCCUGUUACUGUGGUGUAAAGAGAAUGAUAGUCAUCCACCUUAGGAAUAAAAUAAAUUUGAAGCACAACUACAUGUGGUAAAAUGGAUAAGGUAAUUAAUCAUGUACGUCACAGGGAAAAAAAAAAGUUGAUAAAUUUCAUUCUGAGUGUGGAUUGUAAGCAUGAGUGAUGUGAAUUUACAUGAGAGUGUUACAACUUCUGCGUUAAUGUUGUUAAUGUUGUUGGGGUUAUGUUUCAUCAUGUUCACUAACAUUACCGCUCACAUUAUCAUUUCGUGCCAAGUCACACCUAGCACCAUAACCUUCCAUUGCAUGAACUGUAAAAGAGUUUCAAGAUGUUAAUUAUGAGCCUCUCUUCAUUACAUUGAGUUGGUUUCUGUGGUAUCCAAAGCGCUCACAUGGUUUGAGUUGAUGAGUAAAAUCGCUGAACUGAACAGUGUAGAGAGAGAGAAAAAAAGUUUCUUUUUAAAUAUAGCUUGAAGAAUACACAAGCCUUUUUUUUUUUAGAAGUCUUCAAUUAUUCAUUUAUUUGACGGGUGUUUUAUGCCACAUCCUGGUAUAUUCAUGGAUAUGUAAUAAAUGAUUUUAAUAAUUAAUUGAUUUAAUUGAUUUGGUGGAGCUGUAUAUUGUUU